AUGGCCAUUUCUCAAAUAUUGCUAUGCUUUGUUUUUCAUAUUCUUCUUCUCUUUUCACUUUCUUUAGAGACUACAACAUCAGAAAGAAGAGAGGGAAGAGCUCUUGUCAAGUGGAAGAACACCUUAGGAUCCGAUACUGAUGACGAUGUUCUUCAUUCAUGGUCAAUCGCUAAUCUUGACAACAUUUGCACGAAUUGGACUGGCAUCGGUUGCAACUAUGGUGGAGCUGUUUACAAGAUAGAGUUGGAUAAUUUUGGCCUCUCAGGUACACUUGAAAGCCUAGAUUUCAAUUCCUUUCCAAACCUCACACAUUUUAACCUCCAUUAUAACAGCUUUGUUGGAUCAAUUCCAAACGCUAUUGUUAAUCUUACCCAACUUGUUUUCUUGGAUCUGAGUUGGAACCUUUUUGAAAAGUCUAUACCAAUAAAGAUUGGAAGAUUAACAAAGCUACAGUUGUUGAACCUGGGAGAAAACAAUCUGGUUGGUACUAUACCCAUCCAAAUAAGCCACCUAAACCACCUCACUUCCCUCUACUUAAAUGGCAAUUAUUUGACAGGCCCAAUCCUAGAAUCACUACUUUCCAAUCACACCAAGCUUUCCCAGCUAGUUUUCUUGGAUCUGAGUUGGAACCUUUUCGAAGGUUUUAUACCAGCAGGGAUUGGAAGAUUAACAAAGCUUGAGUUGUUGAACCUUGGAGUUAACUAUUUCACUGGUAUUAUUCCCUCCCAAAUAAGCCAACUUCAGCACUUGACUUCCCUCUCCUUAAAUAAAAAUAUUUUCACUGAAGGCCGAUUUCCAGAAGAACUAUUCUCCAACAUGACCAAGCUUCAAACAUUCAGUUGUGGGUGGAACCUAUUCCAUGGACCAUUUCCAACAAGUUUAAUCAAGCUAUCCAAGCUUAAACUUCUUGACCUAAGUGAAAACUAUUUCUAUGGUUCAAUCCCUCCCACAAUUGAAAAUCUAACCUUACUUGAAGAAUUUUCUGUGUUAGGCACUCUAUUGCAAGGGAAUAUUCCUACAACACUUUGCACUCUUCGCUCCCUUGAGGGGCUUGAUUUAUCUGAAAGUUCUUUUAGUGGUGUAAUUCCUCGAUGUCUGGGAAAUUUGACCUUACUAAGAUACCUUUAUCUUGAUUUCAACAUGUUACAUGGAAAUAUUCCAAAAACCUUAUGCAAUCUUCAAAACUCUCUUGAAUUAUUGUUUUUAUCCAACAACAGUUUGGGAGGUGCUAUUCCACAAUGCUUGGGAGAAAUGAAAUUUUUGACAACUUUAGAUGUUUCUAAAAACCAUCUUAGAGGCAUGAUAACUCCACCAACCCUUAAGUUGUGCGGUUUGAGUUCCUUGAAAGUUCUUGAUCUAUCAGAUAACAAUUUACAUGGCCCGCUACCUUUAUGUUUAGAGAACUUUAGCAAGGAACUUGUGUUUAUAAAUUUAGCUAGAAAUCAAUUUCAGGGAACUAUUCCAGGAGCAUGCACAAAGAGAAACAACUUGUUGUAUUUCAAUUUGAAUGGCAAUCAUUUGGAAGGCAUAUUUCCCCCAGGCUUGGUAAAUUGUACCUCUCUUCAAGUUUUGGAUCUUGGAAACAACAAUUUAAGUGAUUCAUUCCCUCAUUGGAUAGAUACUCUUCCUGAUUUGCGUGCUCUUGUGCUGAGAUCUAAUCAUUUUUUUGGUGAAAUAUAUCCUUCCGACACUACAUUUCCAUUUCCAAAGUUGCAUAUAUUAGAUAUCUCACACAAUAAAUUCACUGGUCCUUUGCCAAGACAUUAUGUGGAGAACCUAGGUGCCAUGCAACAUGGGAAUGACAGUGAAAUAUUGGAUUACUAUGACCGUUCAAUAAGCUUAGUGUGGAAAGGGGAAGAGCGCCAGGUGUUGCAAUAUAAUAUUUCCACAAACCUUGAUUUAUCCAAUAACUUCUUCCACGGUGAGAUUCCAAAAUCGUUAGGAAGACUUCAUCUUAUCCGGUUUCUCAAUCUAUCACAUAACCAGCUUACAGGUGAUAUUCCAUCAUCACUGGGUAAUUUGACCCUUCUUGAGGUUUUAGAUCUGUCAUCGAACCAACUAGUGGGUGAGAUUCCCGGACAACUAGCAAAGUCAUUGACAUUUCUUGCUGUACUCAAUUUGUCAUAUAAUUAUCUUUCUGGUCCUAUACCUCAUGGCGCACAAUUUGACACAUUUAGCAACAAUUCCUAUUUGGGAAACACAGCUUUGUGUGGUUUCCCCCUAACUUUACAAUGCCAAAUCAGAGGUGAAGGGCAAGCGCCGAAUGCAGAUUCACAGCAUUUUGGGAUUGGCUGGCAAAGUGUUGUUGUUGGAUACUUUUGUGGCAUACCCUUUGGUAUUGUUAUAGGACAUCUCAUAUUUAAGUAUGGAAAACUUCGAUGGCUUGUAAAGUUAAUACUUGGAGACUGA